AAACCCCUUGUCCUAUUUCCGUCACGCGCUCCACGCCCUCACUUCCCCCUCCCUCGCGCGGCCACCGCCACGGUGGUCUCCCCAGCUCGCCGCCGUCCGCCGUCGUCGAUCGUCCGUCGCUCUUCAGUAGUUGUUACUAAUGGAACACGCAUCCUUUGGAGAUCAACGGAAUGCCACAUUUUCUCUUGCUGAGGAGGAUCAUACACUUGCAAAUGCCCUCAGAUUUACCUCGAAUCAAGAUCCACGGGUUAUAUUUUGUGGUUACAGCAUUCCUCAUCCUUCGGAAGCCCGGGUUAAUGUUAGAGUUCAAACGACAGAUGAUCCAGCAAGAGAUGUAUUGAAAGAUGCGUGCCAAGGUCUAAUGCUGAUGUGUCAACACAUAAGGGGCACAUUUGAGAAAGCUGUCAAUGAUUUUAGAACGAAAAAUCCUCCUGAUAAUCAUCCUUCCCAGGACAUGGACUCAGAUUAAUGGUGAAAUUCUUGUAGCAGCUUUUGAUUUAUUAGGCAUCCUCAUUCUCUUUUUGCUCGACUCUUUCAAAGGAUGGCCUCUAUCAAGUUCUUGUCUGCAGAAAAUGUUGCACUGAUUUUUUUAAGUGAACUGUUUGUGAGUAUUUGGGAAGGCAAUGGGCAUCAUUAUAUCGAUCAUAUGUACUCAGUGUCAAUGGCAGAAUUGAAGACGAGGAUAUCCAUGUCGGGGUCAUAUUUCUUCUCUA